AUGGAGCCAAUACCUCCUCCACCCCAUGACCACUUCGCCCCUAUUAACCCAAACAUACAAGUUGUGCACGACGAUAUGGACGAUAGGUAUGAAGAGGCGGUGCGUUAUGAGGAACGACUGCCCACCGUUCAACAGCGCAUAAACUCACUAUCUCUUGACGAUGACGUCCAUGACGUUCGACCGCGCAAUGGCCGCCUGAGACCGUCUGAUAUGAUCGCGUCGUCCAAAGAUUUUCUUUAUUACAGAUUGAAAAAGAAGGGUUCGGACUGGAGUACCGCCGUCAGAACCACUAUUUCUGCUCCCGUCGAAGACAUAGAGAAGAAGGCCAGAAGGACCAAGGGCGGUGAUCGCUCAGUCCUGGAUCAGUUGACGUCAAUGCCCAAACUCCGUCGCGAGCUGAUUGAAGAUGUUGUCCAGAUGGCCAACGCCAAUGAGACUGGAGAUGCUCAUUGGGAAGUUGCCUACAUCAAGUCCACCAAGCAACUCAGAAGGGACAAAACCAUCGAGGUCCCAGAAAUGGACAUCAUCUUGGAAAGAAUUAGAGGCAGGACGAAGACACGGCCUAAGUCUUUUCAUGGAGAUGUGGUGAGUAUCAGAGACCCCGGAAAACGAGUCGGUAAAGAGAAGAAAUAUAACGAUGACAACUAUACUCGUUCACGAAAAGACUCCGGACUAGCUAUGCUUGCCGACCCCAUCAGUGACCUACCCCUCUUCGACAUGAAUGGAAGACCAAGAGAUGAACUUGGUCCAAUGCACUUUGACAACGCUGGACUCCCCGAGCAGAUUCCUAAGGAAAGACCUCUUGGAGCCAAGCUUGAUCACAAGAAGGAAGACAAAGGAGAAAAGCGGGAGAAGAGUCGGAAACGCAGCAAGUCGCGUGAGAGAGACUUUGUCCAGGAUGAUAACGUCGUGGUGGUACCGGAAGGCGGAUUCCCUGAUAACGUCGACCCUUUACCCAUUGACGGAAUAUUGGGCGAAGAAGCCAAAUCCGAUAAACGAGGUCGACAAGGAAAGUCCCCGCAUGCCCACCCAGAAGUUGUCGGUGAGAAUCUUCCACGAUCCCACUCCCGACGACGUGGUCACGCUGAGAGUCGUGGCAUCUCGCGCGACAAGUCUCGGUCGCGAAGAAGUUCAGUACACUUCCCUAACCAGCAUACCCGUCAGUACUUCGAGGCGAGCAGUGCAUCCUCGGAAGCCAGCGACUCUAGCCACUAUGGAUUUGUCGAAUACGCAGAAAGUUCGAACACGUCCCUUGGCACCCCAGGCGGUGUUCCUCGUCGAGGCAGUCUGGUGCGUGUACCACCUCGAGAGGACACUGUGUACAAGAAGCAUUAUCGUGGACCUGCCAGAAGCGUGUCUUACUCGGAGAAACCCUACUAUAGUGAGCAACAUUAUAUCGUCCCGGCUCGGUCGCGCAGAGACUCCUAUGCCGUUUACGAGCGUCCUAUCGAAGGUCCACGAUAUGAACGACCUCUUCGUCCCACGAGACAAAUGACGGUCCCAAUUCCCGAGGAACGACAAAUCUUGUACCACGACCUUUCUCCACAACAUAGAAGUGGAGAAAUUGUUCCGGUUCGUCGAACGUAUGAGGCUCCCCUAACACGUCACAUGUCAUACGAUUCCAGCAUGCCUGUGGUUACCUACCCGGACGAAGAACGGGAUGUGUAUAUCCGCGAGGAACUGGAAAGACAGAGCUCGAGGGUCGAAGACUACCAGCGCGAUAGGGUGAGAGAGGAGUUUCUCAAAGAGAGAGAACGAGAGGUCAGUGCCAGAGAGAGGGACCUGGAAAUCCAAGAAGAGGAGUUGAGGAGAUUGAGGAGAGAGCGUGAGAGAGAAUACUAUGAUGAACGAGAUAGAAGGGAGAGACGAGCGCUUUAUCGUGAUGAGAAGACGGGUCAAUAUUUUUACUACGAAUAA